UCAGUGGGUACAUUAAAAUGGCUUACCCUGUAUAGUUUAUUUUUUCUUAAUAUAUUCUCUUUCUAUUUCUUACUCAUUAUAAUAUGAGAUUAAAGAAAAAUAUAAAGUAGACAAACUAGCUCAAAUACGAUCAAGAAAAAAUACGGAGGCCCAAUUAUAAUAAUUUUUGAAUGUUGUAAAAAAAAAUGGCAUACAAUAUUGUUAACAUGGUAGUUAAGGAAUUCGCUGCAGCAACUUCAAAAUGUGUGUAAUGAGAUAACAGACAAAAAUGAAAUGGCUAUCAUAGAAAAGUAUGGAAGCAAAGCAAAACGUAUUACGAUUGCACUUACAUGUAAGAUAACUUCUUUUUUUAUAUUCCAAUACAUUUUUACAUUCAAAUAAUUAAAUUUCAAUUCUAUAAUAUAAUUUAAAAAAUUAAGUAAUAAUAUAUUUGUUGACUGAUAUGAUUAUUUUAAAAUCUUUCUUAGUUCUUGGCAUAUUCAGUCAAUUUAUUUUUAUUUUGAUAUAUAUAUGGCCGUACAUUCGUCACAUUAUGCUUUUCACAAACAAAUCUUGUUCACAUUCUUCGCCGUAUAUAGUGACAGAAUAUUUUAUUGAUCAAGAAAAAUAUUCCUAUUUAAUUAUGCUGCAUAGACAUGCAGCGGGUUUGAUCGGCACAAUAGCACUGAUAGCGACAGGAACUAUGUUUAUAACAUAUUUUCAACAUACUUGUGCAAUGUUUAGUAUCGCCUGUUACCGUAUCAAGCAGGCAAUUGAUAUUUUACAAAAAUGUGGUUUCAAAAAUGAGCAAAAGAGUUGUAAGGAGAUAAUUCGUGCUGUAAACAUUCAUUGUAACGCAAUGAAGCUUUGCAAUUUUUUAAUAUCCAAUUUUGAGGGAUCGUUUUUUUGCUUGAUAGCGGCUGGCAUGGUUUGUUUGUGCUGUAAUCUUCUUCGGGUUGUGUCAUUUACCGAUAACAUUGAGCAACUUAUAUUAUCUCUACUUACUUUAAUUAGCCUCUACGUGUACUUGUUUUUAUCCAAUCAUACUGCACAAGAUAUUACGGAUCACAAUGAAUAUGUGUUUGCUACAGUAUAUAAUGUCUGUUGGUACACGGCUCCAAUACGUAUACAAAAAAUGAUACUCUUUCUGCUGCAAAGAGGUACUAUGAGUUUCAAUCUGAUUCUCGGUGGAGUAUUUGUAGGAUCCAUGCAAAGUGCCGCUUCGCUGACGAGCGCUUCUAUAUCAUACUUCACCGUCCUUUAUUCUACCCGGCAAAAUUAAAAGAUGGUAUUAAGUCGAUUGAUCGGACGGACAUGUAUCGAUUGUCCUCGAGGUUCAGAUAUAGCAUUAUCAUUACCCUUAUAGAAAAAACAAAAUCUCUGUUUAAUAAAAAAUAAAUUAUUGUUACAUUUUAUAUUUUAAUGUAUAAGGGUUAUAAUUACAAAGUCUAACGAUAACAAUACUGAAGAUAGUGUAAAUGUGUAAAACAAAUGUGAUAUAAUUAUAGAAAAAUUAUAUAAAAUGCAGGAUAAUGUCUUUACAAUUAAUAUCUCUUGUUAGCAAAAAUUAAAAGAUGUAUUUUAUUUUUAAUAUUACUUAAUUGUAU